AUGAAUCCAGAGCAAGCUGAAGCACUGACGGCAUUUGAAGCGGUGAGGUGGGAUAAAGAGAAGGGUUUUAUGAACCUGCAUCUAGAAGGUGACAUCCAGAGAGUAGUGAAUGCGAUUAACGGAAGAAGAAGAGCUAUCAAAUGGACCAAUGCUAAUAUUAUUCAGGAUAUCAUUUACCUUCUUAAUAAUUUUAACAUAUGGAACUGUAUUUUUGUCCAUCGUGAAGGAAAUAAUGUCGCAGAUACUAUUGCGAAAGAUGCACUUUCUUUUCAAGACAAACAGGAAUGGCAACAAAUUAUUCCCUCCUGGUUAGCUGAAGCACUGGCUUCAGAUGAAACUCUAUUGUAUGAUUCCAUUUAA